AUGCAGGAUAACCUUAAGAUCCCUUCAAUACCUAACGAGGAUUCAGACAAGGCGACAGCUUGUCGUGCGGAUAACCUUAAGAUCCCUUCAAUACCUAACGAGGAUUCAGACAAGGCGACAGCUUGUCGUACGUUAUUGAAUAUUGAUGGUAAUGAUUCAGCCAAUAAUAUGUUGGUUAAUGCUUUGGAAAAAUCCGCUAAUCAGAGCAAAUAUUUAAACUUCCCAUUGCCAAUGGACAGAAUUUCUGCCUGUUCCAUUGAUGAGCAACGUGACAAUUCAUUGUCGGCUAGUUUGGCCAAUAGCAGUUUCAUUACCAGAUCUUCGGCUCCCAUUAACAUUCCAAAUUCGGCACUUAGUAAUUCCAUAAAUGAUUUCAAUUCGAGCGGUUUUGCUGUUAAUCUUCCCUACAGUCCCACCACUCACAACACCAACAAUUUCUUCAGUGUCCAGGAUGCUUUUAAUUAUGGCGGCGGUUCGAGUACAAAUAAACUAAGCAAUUCCUUAAGUGCUGCCAAUCAAAAUGAUUGCAGCAAUAAUUUAUAUUUUCCCACAAAUAUUAUAUCGCCGGGCUUUAAUGAUGGCCUUUCCAUAAGUCCGUCAUUUCGAUUAUCGGAAUUGAGUACAAUGCCGGAUGAUUUGAAUAGUGGAUCGUUAGGCAAUAGUCUGACCACCAAUAAAAAUGCAUUUUCAUUGCAAUCCUUGCCAACGCAAAAUAAUGGUGAUGUCGGACGUAUGACAUUGGAGUUGAUGGCAACCAAAACGCAAGCAUUGAAAUUAUCCAAUCGUGUUGAAGAGUUGCAGCAUAAGUUGAAUGUUGCCAAACAGGAGGCGCUAAAAUGGAAAGACAGCUAUGAUGCCACACAAAUACAAUUGAAAUUUUUGAAUUCGGAGGAUAAAGAAUUGAGAAAUUUGUCAAUACAAAAAUUAAAGCAAUUACAGUCAAAAUUACGCACCGAUCUAGAGGAAGUCGAAAAGGUUUUGUAUUUAGAAAAUGCCCGAAAGUGUAUGAAAUGUGAAGAAAAUAAUCGUACCGUUACAUUGGAGCCAUGUAAUCAUUUUAUAUUAUGUGACAAUUGUGCCACUUCGGUGACUGAAUGUCCGUAUUGCCAAGUACCAGUAGUAACCACACAUACCUAAAUAU